AUGACAGCCCUUGAAGCCUCCUCUUCAUCCUCCUCCAAGUCAAAACUUUGGAAUCACGACAUGUUCUUCAGCUUCAGAGGCGAAGACACUCGCAAGGGCUUUACAGGCCACCUCCACGCGGCAUUCAAAUACAAGGGAUACAAGGCUUAUAUGGACGAGGAUGAUCUAAAAAGAGGGGAAGAAAUAAAAGAGGAACUGUUCCGGGCAAUCGAAGAGUCGAGGGUCUCUAUCAUUGUCUUCUCAAAGAGGUAUGCGGAUUCAAGUUGGUGUCUUGACGAGCUGGUGAAGAUCAUGGAGUGCAGAGCCAAACGGGGGCGACAUGUUUUUCCAAUAUUCUAUCACGUUGAUCCUUCGCAUGUCAAGAAGCAGAAUGGAGAUUUAGCCGAAGUAUUUAAAAAGCACGAAGAGGGCAUUGAUGAAGAAAAAGAUGACAAGAAACAUGAAUCCAAGAAAGAAAGACAAGGAUUGUCUGCACUCUAA